CACCUGGCACCCGCGCCGAGCUGCUCCCUCCUUCCUGCCCACCACAUGGCCGCCGCUCCCUCGCUCGACCACGCCGUGCGCGACCUCGUCGGCUACGGCGCCGCGCCGCCGCACGCGCGCUGGCCGCACGGCGCGCGCCUCGCCCUCAGCUUCGUCGUCAACUACGAGGAGGGCGCCGAGCACACGCUGCUCAACGGCGACGCCGGCCCGGAGCGCUUCCUCACCGAGGGCGGCGCCACGGCCGCGGCGAGCAGCGGCAUGCGCAGCCUCGGCGUCGAGAGCGGCUACGCGUACGGCGCACAGCGCGGCUUCUGGCGCAUCCUGCACCUCUUCCACACGCACGCCGUGCCCUUCACCAGCUGGGCCGUGGGCCGCGCCGUCGAGCUCAACCCGCACGUCGUGCCGGCCAUGGAGGCGGCGCGCGGCGAGGUCGCGUGCCACUCGCAGCGCUGGAUCGACUACGCCGCCAUGCCCGAGGCCGAGGAGCGGCAGCACGUCGCACAGGCGCUCGACGCCCUCGCCGCCGCCUCGCCGUCGGGCCGCGUGCCGCGCGGCUGGUACACGGGGCGCCAGUCGCUGCAGACGCGGCGCAUCGUGUAUGAAGAGUACCGCCGCCGCGGCCUGCUCGCCACGCUAUACGACAGCGAUGCCUACGACGAGGACCUGCCGUACUGGGUCCCCUGCCCUUCGCCGGAGCCGGGCCCGCCGCUGCUCGUCGUGCCCUACACGCUCGACUGCAACGACAUGAAGUUCGCCCAGGCGCCCGGCUUCGUCACGGCGGGCCAGAUGUACGAGUAUCUCGUCGACGCCUUCGACACGCUCUACGCAGAGGGAGAGGAGGGAAGCCCGAAGAUGAUGACGGUGGGCCUGCACUGCCGCGUCAUCGGCCGGCCAGGACGCUUUCCCGCGCUGCGACGCUUCGUGGAGUACGUCAAGCAGAAGGAGCAGGUGUGGAUCGCCACGCGGGAGGAGAUCGCAGAGCAUUGGAGACGCGAGCAUCCGCCAAAAGAGGGGCAGUGGCAUGAAGUCUAAGAGAUGCAUGAAGGAAAGAGCCGGCGAGCAAGACAUGUCGCGGGCAAGAGCCACAAAGGAGGAGGAAGAGGCGGGAAGCGGUGCAGGUGACCAGCAGUCGCCAAGUCGCGCUCUAGGCCCGUCAAAAAGGGGCGCUUCUGCCACGCAUGGAAGGGCCGAGUCAAUUGUAUUUCUAGCCAUUGCUUG